UUCACGUACACGGAUUUUAAAAAUAAAAAUAAAUACUUUAAAAAAUUAGUAAAUGAAAUGUGGCUUGCCAAUAAGUUUUGCUGUUGUAUAAACUUACAAAUCGGCUGUACUAUUAUAUCUUUUUUUACCCUUUGCCUGUUUGCCGUUCACCUGGUAGAAUUCUUUCGAUUUAAGGAACACAAUGAUUAUACUCAUCCAUCAGACUGGUUAAACCUUCUUUGGGGAAUUUUGCAUUUGCUGGCUUCAAUGUGUUUAUCAUAUUCUGUCCUGGUGGGGGCACUUAUUCCUAUUUGGGUUUACAUAAUUAUCGAUAAUUACUUGAAUUACGUGAUCAUUUAUACAUCGGUGUCCUGUGCUCUCAAGACAAACACAUAUGCGAACCUAGGCCUGACUUACUGUAUUACUUACUGGAGUUUAAUGGUCUUAGCGUGCGUGAUAACAACAUAUUUCCUUUAUGUUUAUAAGGAAAUUCUGGAACCAAAUAUAAACGAAUUACAAUAAAUAUAAAAAAUAUACUCCGAUUUCUGCAGAGUUUAAGAAGUUAAGUUUCCAACUACAAAUAUAAAUGUAUCUUAAAGCGCUAGGAUGUGUAUCAAGCAAAAACACCUGUCAACAUAACAAAUUAUUAAAAUCAAAUACGCUUUUAAAAUGUUCCCAUUUGAACCGCUUCAGCCUUGUAAAUACGUAUUGGAAGAUUCUCAAGUAGGCUAAG